AUGUCAAGAGUAUCCCACCUCAACAAAAUACUGGCUCUACAAAAAUUCAAUAUCAAAAUCACAAACCAAUCUGAACUUUUGAAAUGCCUACAAUCUGCAAAAAAUUUAAACGUCUCAAUAGACAACAACACCUUCAUAUACAGAGAUAACCUCCAACAGAUAGGCAACUCCCUCCUACACUUACAUAUAAACGAAAUGUACUUGACUCUAUUCAAAGACAACAACUCUAACAACGGCACUUUAUCAAAUUUUAACUUCAAUUACAUGAACUCAUUGAAAUUUAAAAGCAAUUGGAAAAUAAAUCCAAAUUCCUUAAUUAAAAAAUAUCUAAGCACUUCAAACUUAAAUAACUUAUCAAUUCUAUCAAUACCAGACAAUAAAAUCCCACAGAGGAUAAGACUAAAAUUCGAUCUGUUAGCAUUCAAUUCAUUAAUUGGUUAUUUAUUGAUUUCAAACGAUAAAAAAACAAUCGAUAAUCUGAUAAAAGAUUCAAUCAUACCCGUUCUAAUCAAACUAAUACUAAACUAA